AUGCAGCUGAUUGCUCCUCUUAUUAAAGAUAUGACAAUCAACGACGUAGUCAAUGGAAAUGUUUCUGGCGGAUCGCCAAACCCGGGAUUGAUUUCUAAGCAUGAGGCUGAUAGUAAGUGAAUCUUUCAAGAUCUCAAGUUCUAAUUUUUCAUAUUUAAGCCAUUGGUCAAGCAUUCGCUCUUCAAUUCUACACAACUUUGUCGAAAUCCAGAAAUGAUGUGCAGAAGUUCUAUGGACAUGAAUCAAUUGUCAAUUUCAAAGAACUUGCAGUUGUUGGACAACAAGAUAUCGCAAAAUUUUAUGAAGACAAUCUUCCAGUCAAUAUUAAGAUCAAAAUUUUGUCGAUUAGCGGAGUUCCAACCCUUCAUCAAGGAAUUCUCCUUCAAGUUGUUGGAUUGAUCAACGCUGAUCCAUUUUUGCAAACUUUUAUUCUUGGACAACAAUGUUUGAAGAAAUACUAUGUUGAAAGUGAUCUUUUGCAAUUUUUGACCAACAUUUUUGAUGUUCCACAACAACCACCACAACAAGCUGCAGUUCAAGUUCAAAAGGUAAGUUUUUCUCGGAGAAGAGUCUGGGACACGCCUCGGCCAACCGUGGCUGACCAGAGUACAAUUUUGAAAAAGCUGAAUUUCUGUUUUCAGAGGUCAAAAAAUGAAAAAUUCACGGUUUUCUUACUGUAAAAAGUUAGCGUACAUUUUUUAUUUUGAAAACCACGAUUUUGGCCGAGUUGUCUUUUUAUCUUUUUAAAUUUCUCCCUGACUUGGAAAAAUUGAAGAAUCUUGAAUUCGAGAUAAAAAUAAAUUCCAAAUUUUCAGCCAAAAAUCAAUGGCCACCAUCCAGUAUUGAACGGAAAUGGAAAACCACAAGAAACCACAACCCAAUCUCCACAAAAACCAUACAACACUCCAGUUAAAGCAACUCCACCACCACAACAACAAAAAGCACAACAAAAAACACCACAAAAAGUUGAAGAUGCUCCACCAAAAGAGAAGACUCCAAGAGCUGUUGAAGUUCCAAAACCAGUUGUUUCAACACCAGCCAAGCCAGCUGCGCCACAAGAACCACCAAAACCAAUGUCAUGGGCAAACCUUGUUGGAAAUGGAUUGAAUAAGAGUGCCCCAGUUACCACUGCCACCAAUAACAAUGUGAAAUCAGCUCCAGCUCCACAAGAUCCAAUUCAAAGUGCUCCAGCUCCUCACGCCCAAAGUAACAAACAACGUGAAACAACACCACAAGAACCAGCCGCUCAAAAUGGAGCCAUCACCGAGAGAAAAAUCUAUCUUGGUGGAAUUCAACGAACCUUUGUUCCAGACCGAACAGAAGCUGCUGAAACUGAAAUCAGACAAAUCUUCCAACGUAAGUUGCUUCGCCUAUUUCGUCAACAAAAAAAGUAAAAACUUAUUUCAGAAUACGGAGAAGUCGAUGAUGUUCACGUUCCACGAAAAGUUCUCGAUUUUCCAAAUGAUACAUCAAAAACCGCUUUUGCUUUCAUCACAAUGAGAAAGCCAGCUUAUGCUCAAAAAGUUUUCGAUGCCGCUAACAAAGAUGUAAGUUUUUUUUAAUAGAAAAAGUUAGAAAAAAAUAUGGAGUUAGGAUAAAUCAAAAAUAAAGUUACAGUACAAAAAAAGCUGUAUUGUAACAAACACUGUGUAGGAGGCUGCUCAAUGAUAAGGGUUUUUUAUUAUAUAAAAUUUUGUAUUGAAAGUGUUUUUGAAAAAGAUGGGAUCAAAACGUUAUACAUUUGAGAAGUUCCACGUCAUAGUACAAGCCAAUUUAUAUCUUGCUUUUUGAUCGUAUAUGUGAUAUAAAUAGCUUUAGCAGACACCUGAUGAUAUAAAUUUGAUGAUUUUACAUCUAUAAAAGAUGACUUAUCGCUAAUUUGCUCACGACCAACUCAAAAUCGCGAAUAAUUAUGUAAUUAGAAAUCUGUUGAACUUAUGGACACGAAUUACACCUUGUUCAAUAAUGUAGAAAAACUGAAAAUUAGGUUAUGGAAAAAGAAUAACUUUUUCCUAUUUGUUUUGCUAUAAUGAAAACAUUUUAAAUUUUUACAGGAACAAGGACUCUAUCGCCUCACUCUCAAACUCGACGCCUUCGGUUUCGAUGGUCUCGCCACAAUCAGCGAGCAAAAAGACCGCCCAGGAUUCAAUGGAGGCGGUUUCCGCGGCGGAAACCGUGGAGGUGGUUUCCAAGGACGCGGCGGAUUUGUGCCACGUGGCGGACCUCGCGGAGGACGCGGAGGUCCACGUGGCGGAUUCCACAACAAUAACCAUCAUCAACAUCAACCACAACCAAAUCAACAUUAG